AUGGCAGCAACUUCCGAAGAGUCCUCACGUAUCUUUGUGAGGAAUCUUCCUCCCACCAUCACCCAGGCGGACUUUGAAGCCCACCUUCGCAAACACUUCUCCAAUGGUCACAUCACCGACAUCAAGCUGCUUCCUCAGAGGCGGAUCGGCUAUGUAGGCUACAAGACACCAGACGAGGCCAAGUCUGCCGUGAAAAAGUUCCAUCGGUCUUUCAUACGCAUGUCUAAAGUCUCUGUCGAGAUUGCAAAGCCUAUAGCAGAUCCUUCUCUCCAGAGGCGGAAGUACACAGACCAUGCUGCGUCAGCGCUGCCUGGUUCCGGCAAGCCCAGUCAAACCGAAAGGUUACCCUCAGAUCCCAAUCAGAAAAAGAGGAAGAGGGACGAGCCCGAAGCAUCGGACCCAAAACUCCAAGAAUACCUUGAUGUGAUGGGAGCCACAAAGAAUCCAUCCAAGAAGACUCGGGAAGCCGAUGCUGUAGACGUGGAUCAGCCGCCGGUAGUUGUUGCCGAAGCGGAGUCUGAUGAUGAGUAUGAGGAAGUACCAAGCCGGCAAGCCAAACCAGCCUCACAGAAGUCCACUCAAACUGCCAUGCCAUCGGAAGCAGGGACUUUGAGGAAUCAGAACCAAGUCGAUACCGUCAGCGCCGCCAAUGUAUCCAAACCGGAGUAUGAUGGUAUGGACAUUGACCAGCCUGGAGCUGAUCAAGUACCAGCUGCCGCUGCUGUAGCGACUGCAACUGAUGACGAUGACUGGCUUCGCUCUAGAACGAAUCGUCUACUGGAUCUGGUAAAUGACGAUGAAGAUAUUCCCGUCGCGGCGCCCGUACCUUCGGCAUCGUCAAAGACCCCCGUUGUGCUCUCCGCCCCUUCAAAUGAAGAUGCUGCUGUUCAGGUCGUCGAUAGCUCCAUCGAGGAAGUCGUCGAAGAACCUGCUUCAGAUAAUGAAAAAUCCGGGAAGAAGCUCUCGGCUGUUGAUACAGUCCACAAGACUGCGCGGAUCUUUGUAAGGAACUUGCCAUACUCUGCUACUGAAGAAGAGCUUCACGAGUAUUUUGGCAAGUUCGGCGAAUUGGAAGAGAUUCAUGUGCCAGCGAAGAGCAACACGGCCAACAACAACCAGGGCUAUGCCUUCGUCACCUUCAGCCAGUCUGACGAUGCAGUCAAGGCGUUCCAAAAUGCCGACGGUGCAACUUUCCAAGGUAGAAUGUUACACGUGAUACCUGGCUCGGCAAAGCGUCAACAGCUUGACGAUUUUGCUUUGUCCAAACUUCCCCUCAAGGCACAAGCCAAGCUCAAGAAGAAGGCCAAGGCAGGUCAGGCAUUCAACUGGAAUUCCUUGUACAUGGCACAAGAUGCAGUACUUGCUUCGACCGCGGAUCGUUUGGGAGUGUCCAAGUCUGAACUCUUGGACCCCACCAAUGCGGAUGCGGCGGUGAAACAGGCGCUUGCAGAAACAUCAACUAUUCAAGACACAAAGGCAUACUUUCUGUCUAAUGGUGUAGAUCUUGACAGCUUCAAGUCUGGUCAAAGAUCAGAUACGGUCAUAUUGGUCAAGAACUUUCCAUAUGGAACGACCAUUGAGGAGCUCAGAAAUGAGUUUCAAGAGUUUGGACAAGUGCUCAAAGUCUUGAUGCCGCCAACUGGAACGAUUGCUAUUGUCCUGUUUGCACAUGCCGCCGAAGCCAAGACUGCUUUCUCCAAACUUGCCUAUCGCCGAUUCAAGAACAGUAUCCUGUUCCUCGAAAAGGGACCAAAAGACCUCUUCGUGGGUGAGGUCAAACCAACACCUGCAGGUGCUGAGCUUAUCGGUAAGGAGAAGAUCUCGGCUAGUGACUUGCUAGAAGGUGAAACUACCGACGAGCCGGCCGAAUCCAGCUCUAUUUUUGUCAAGAACCUCAGUUUCAACACGACAACCGCGCAGCUUCAUGACGCAUUCAAGCAUCUGGACGGUUACAGAUCAUCAGCUGUCAAGACAAAGUCAGAUCCAAAGAAGCCUGGCCAAGUCUUGAGCAUGGGAUUUGGAUUUGUCUCGUUUAGCAGCAAAGCGUCGGCAGAAGCAGCCGCCAAAUCUAUGGACGGUCAGGUCCUUCAAGGCCACAAGCUGGUCGUGCGCACCAGUCACCGUGGCCAUGAUGCAGCCGAGCAGAGGCGCAAGGAAGACGCAGCCAAGAAAGCUGCUGGUAAGAGCACCAAAAUCAUCCUUAAGAACCUGCCAUUUGAGGCCAGCAAGAAGGACAUCCGCAGCCUGAUGGGUGCUUAUGGCCAGCUCCGUACUGUCAGGCUACCCAAGAAUGCACAGAACCGAUCAAAGGGUUAUGCAUUCUGCGAGUUCACGACCAGUCGCGAAGCUGACAAUGCCAUGGCUGCUCUGAAGGAUACUCACUUGCUCGGCAGGAAACUGGUGCUCGAAUUCGCAGAAGCUGAAGACAUUGAUCCGGAAGAGGUCAUUGCAAGAAUGGCAAAGAAGACAGGCCGGCAAAAUGCCAAGGUCACCCUUCACCAGCUCAUAGGCGGCGACCGCAAGAAGAUCACAAUAGGCGCAGAGGAGGAAGGCGAGGGAGACUUUUAG